CAUGCCAGUAAUUUUUUUGUGUAGAGUUCACACGUGGGUCAACAACCCGGAAGUAAACACCAACUUCCCACAUUGCACCUGAUAUCCAAUAUGGUAGCCUCUGUAAUCGGAAAACCGCUGAAUUGAAGUUACCAUCCUGAAACCUAAACAGUGUCAUCAAUCAGAUCAUUGUGUUUCCAGUUGUAACCAUGGCAGCUGGCAUCCGAAGCAUCCAUGGUUGCAGCAGUGCUUCCUGGGAGUCUGUAUAUCCGAAAGUUAGGAGAGCUGUUGUGUUUAUGGACAAUGCAUGUGCGGAGUGUCUUCAUUGGAAUGGUGGCGCUUCUCAGUUAUUCACCAACGGUGCACACGAUAUAAAAGAAUUUUCAUCUUUUGAGAGUGGCAGUGCAUCUCAGGUGAAAGCAGUCUUUAUAGUCAGUACACCAUUAAUUGGUCGAACUGCCAGUAUCAUCAAAGACAUUGUUUCAGGUAGUAAUUUCCAGUACUGUAUCGUGAUCACGGCCGCUACCCCUGAAGUACAUUUCUAUGUUAAAAAUGAAACGUACGAUCCAGCGCUGGAAAGCAGAUUGUUUGGCGAAUUUGAAGAGCAGAUGCUUCUCUGGAUGGGCAAUAUGAAUUAUACAACAGAAAUACUGUGUGUUCCAUUGUUUACAGCUAGUGUGUGUCCUAGCUUGUUCAUUACACCGGGACACACUUCAUUAUUCCCGCUAUUACCCUCUGAUCUCAGAAGGUUACAGGAGUACCGGAAACACAAGGAUAAAAAACCAAUUGAAUCUCUGUCUGAUGUAGAGUUUUCUAUGCUGCCUAAAGAACUGCAAAACAAGAUAAAGAUGUUUGUUUGUUCAAUGAGUUCAUUACUUGAUCAAUUAAAAGUAAACGAAGAUUGUUAUUCAGUGGGGACACUGAGUGCGAUAAUUGCAUCUGAAUUAGCUGGUUUACAGUCAGCCAAGAGCAGACGGAAAAGUGCUGCAAACAAAGCAUCUAUAGUUUUUAUUGACCGGUCGUUAGAUCUUGUUGGACCAACUGGUCACCAUGGUGAUACUUUGGCCGAUAAGGUCAUAGCUGUGUUGCCUAGGCUACCGUGUCAUAGUUCAGAUGUGGCUGUCAACAUGGCUGAUCUUUGCUCAGAGGGAAGUCAAUACUGCAGUGAUGUGUUGGUUCCUGGUUGCCUGGCUCAUCCCGGUGAUAGUGCAGCAUCCAGUUUACUUAAUGCUAUGAUAACAAGUAAACACAAGGAAUGUUUGAUGGAAAUAAACCGUCAGAUUGUAGAAGCAGCGUCAGAAGAAGGGCUCCCUCUACAGUUGACAGGUAGAAUUGGGAGAGUGACUGCGGAUAGCAUACACACUCAUCUCAAAUUGUUCAAAGGCCAGACAGAAGCGUUCAGAAAGCAUGCUGGAUUGUUACAAGUCGCGUUGGCGUGUGUCAAAACUCUGAAACAUGACAGUUAUUCCACAAUGGAGAAUCUACUGAGUAUCGAGAAAAUGCUGAUGUUGAAUACUGGAGACAUUGACUGUCCGAGUGCAAUAAGUCAAAUAAUGAAUUUAUUAGAAAAACAAGAAAAUAGACACAAACUAGAAGACAUUUUGAUAUUAUUAGUGUUUAUUUAUGCUCUACUUGGGGAGGACAGUGAUGAGAGUGCCACAGAAGAAAAAGAAAUACAGGAUAAAUUAGUUGACAUGAUAGUGAAGGAAUCUGAUCAUUCUGAGAACAUAAGACAUGUGUUUGAAUCAGGAAGUUUCCAGCAUGCAGCCAGCUAUAGACCAUUGCUUAAACAAAUAGUAGAUGAAAUAUUCAACCCCAAUAAGCCAGAUCUGAUUGAUAUUGAGUAUAAAUCCAGUGGAUUGAAAGACUUACUGAAAAGUGGAUUUGGUUUAUUCAUGAAUGUGAAUAAACCUCGUCCAAAUAAUCACCCUCUGCUUAUCCUGUACGUGAUUGGUGGAGUUACUUCAUCUGAAAUACGAAUGGUGAAAGAAGCAGUGGCUGCACAUAGAAGUAGUAUUCAGGUCAUCAUUGGUAGCACGAGUAUUAUUAAACCAACUGAUAUCAUCCAUCAAGUAUUCUCACAAGAUAAUCUCUUUCCUGAUGAACUUUGACAUGGGUUAAAACCAAGACUGCCAAAACUUUUCAUUUGGCUAUACAUACAUAGACUUGCCAGG